CGGGCAGAGCCACUCUACGAGGGGCGGAGCCUGAAGAGCGCCCUCCGGUAGCGGGGUCAGCCCCGGUAGACGAGAUGACUCUGUGGAGGGCUGUUCCGUGCUCUGUUCUGUGGCUCAAACAUCCUGACGUCUCGGGUGGAGCGGGAAGGGCGAGCGCUCAGGUGUUCCCGGAAGGGUGAUCUCUAUCCUGGUCACUGAAAGAAAGGCCGGAGUCUUUCCUUCAAAGCAGACCCAUGGCUGGUCACAGGAAGGAGCCGCGUUGGGACUUUGUGGUCAGGGAGAAGCAGCCAGGAUGAGGACCCUUGAAUGUCAGACCCGGGAGCCAGGGCUUAGCCUGGAAGCAAGGAAGGGCCAGUGGGAAGGGGAAACCUCAGGCUUGUAGGAGAGAAUUGGGUUCUUUGCUGAGUUAGGGCGGAGGCGAGCCUGGUGAGACACAGGAACCCUCAGCUGGAGUCCCGAGGGGCAGGGGGUGAUAGGGUUCCAGGGGAAGGCAGGUGAGGACUGGAAGUGCAGUCUGGGCUAAGACCACAACUCAGCCAUGGGUGGGACAGUUAGGAGAAGUGAGGUCCCACUGCGUUUAUCGUCAGUGUGUGUGCCGGAACCCACCGCCUCCGCACCCUGCUCCCUCCUGCACUCAUGACCGUGCCUUCGUUGGUACCAGGAAGGGUCUGAGUCCGUCGUCCUCUGAUGGUGCAAUGGGGGGGGGGUGCGCAGGAAAAGGUGAAUUCCCCAGGAGUUAGUGUUGAUGUAGGUCUGGGACCAUUGACUCUGGUACUAACCUUGCUGUCUGGUACUAACCAUGCCACUAACCAUGGCAGUGAGUGCCAUGACCCAGACCCUCACUGCAGACCUGCCCAGUGCAGUAGGCAGGAGAACUUGGCUAACAAUUAGAACACAGUAGGUGACUGAGCCCAAGGGUACAGCCAGCGUUAGAUGGCCAAGGAAUAGGUAGAGGCCCACAUGGGCUCCCGUAGCAGACCCCUGGAAAAAUCACUUACAUCUCUGCUCCCCUUGUUUAUGGGGGGUCUGGGAAGUCUUCCCUCAGCCCAUCCGCCUAUCUGCCCCCACCUCCCCAGUCAAGACCUGGGUUGCAGACCCCCUACCUAGGGCAUGGCUUCUUUUAGCUACUUCUUCUUGAACUCCUGGAAAUUUCCCAUUCCUCUUAGGGUAAUCAGACUAGGGAAAUCACUUCCCAUCUGUUAAAUGGGAUCUAGGGACCUGACCCAGGCAGAUAAGGUAUCCUGAGGUAGACCUUUUCCAAGGCCUUUUCCUUCCAGGUUAUAGGGGAUGCCCAGGCACCCAAAGGCAACCUGGAAGUGGAAACUGAUCUCAAGAGGUCACCAAAAGUCCCUACUGGAAUCUUCUCUGCCCUUCCCUCCAAGAUUAGCUGAACCCUGCUAAUUGUGGCAGCCCUCACAUGUUCCCCUCCCCCACAGCCUCUUCCUCUCACCCCUCCCCCUUCCAUCAGAAUGAUAAAGAAAGGGACUGCCAGGCCAGUCCUAGCAUGGCCUCUGGCUGGGACCCAACCUCGACUUUCAGUCCGUCUGCCUUGAGCCCCUUGCUAGCCCAGACCCCAGCCCAGGGCUGCCUCCCCUGCAUGGGUCCCUGCAGCAACUCUCGUCCGAGGCCUCCAAAGGCAGAGUCUCCCCCCAAGAGGAGGAAGAAGAGAUACCUGCGGCAUGACAAGCCCCCCUACACCUACUUAGCCAUGAUCGCCUUGGUAAUCCAGGCCGCACCCUUCCGCAGGCUGAAGCUGGCGCAGAUCAUCCGUCAGGUCCAGGCAGUGUUCCCCUUCUUCAGGGAUGACUACGACGGCUGGAAGGACUCCAUCCGCCACAACCUCUCCUCUAACCGGUGCUUCCGUAAGGUGCCCAGGGAUCCUACAAAGCCCCAGGCCAAGGGCAACUUCUGGGCAGUGGAUGUGAGCCUGAUCCCCGCAGAGGCGCUGCGCCUUCAGAACACUGCCCUGUGCCGGCGAUGGCAGACCCGGGGCACACACAGAACUUUCGUCAAGGACCUGAGCCCGUACGUGCUCCACGGCCGGCCAUAUCGGCCGCUCAUUCCCUCACCACCGUCCAGGGAGGGCUUCAGCAUCAAGUCCCUGCUAGAGGACCCUGAGAAAGGACCGACGCGGCCCCAGCAGCCUGCGCCAGCUGGACAGAGCUCCUCAGCUCAGGCAGGCACCUGGUCCAACGGGGAAGAAGGGGUGUGCACUGUAUCCCCUAACUCCUCUGAGAAGCCUCUGUGGCCUGUCUGCUCCCUUCCUGGGCCCACAAGAAUAGAGGGGGAGACUUCCCAAGGGGAAGUCAUCAGGCCUUCUCUCUCCCCAGAGCAGGGUAGCUGGCCGGUCCACUUACUUCAGGGUUCCCCAGAUCCCAUGGGAAUGACCAACAGCGGGUGCAGAGCUUCCCUGUGGGGUCAGCUACCCACCUCGUACUUGCCCAUCUACACUCCCAACGUAGUGAUGCCCCUGGCCGCCCUCCCUCCCACCUCUUGUCCCCAGUGCCCAUCUUCAGCCAGCCCAGCCUACUGGAGUGUAGGUACUGAAUCCCAAGGGUCCCAGGACCUGCUCUGUGAUCUGGACUCCCUCUUCCAGGGAGUGCCACCCAACAAGAGCAUCUAUGAUGUGUGGGUCAGCCACCCCUGGGAUCUGGCGGCUCCCGCCCCGGGCUGGCUGCUCUCCUGGUACAGCCUGUCGUAGUUCUAGGCAGGCAGGGGCUGCUUCUCCCUUCCACCCCUGGACACCAUUUUGAUGGGGAACCAGAACUAGGAGCACGUCCACAGCAACAGCUUUAAAACACCAGGCACAGGCUUGGUGAAAACCCACAACUUUAAUUGGGCUACUCCAGAAAGGGUUUUGCCUCUGCUAGACACAGCAGGUCUGGCCAGUCCUGCCUGACUCUCCUCCACACAGGGCUCCGGUCUGGGGAAACAUUCGCAGCUAGAGUAGUGCCUCUUUUCUUGAUCUCACCUUCUCAAGCCUCCAUGCCAUCCAUCUGUCCUUCCCUGUCACCACGCCUUCCUGGCUCCAGGCUGGGGGAGGGAGAGCCUAAGUGGGUCCAGUCUGAAAUCCUGCCCCUGCCCCUCAGCUGCCUGAGUAGGAGGUAGCACCUUUGGGGUAAAGGGUUAGGAAAUGGAAGACUGGACCCUACAUGAUUUGGGGGUGAUGGAAGGAGGGGGAGAGGUUAACAGUAAAGGAAUUUACAACACUUUAA